CUUAGGAGUUGGGGAAUCCAGGAGUUUAGGAAAACUUAAGUUAAGAGGCCUUUAUCUGCAGGCUUAUUUACAACUGUUUUGAGAGAGCUGGGUUGCAAGAUUUUGGGCAAGAGGGAGUCAAAGGGAUCAUUAGUGUGAGGAAAUGAGGGAUUAGGUGAAGGAUUUGGACGAUUUUUAGUAAAUGAGACUUGGGAGCAAUACGAGUUUGCAUUGGAUGGCUGAGGUAAUUUUGAAUUUUCAUAAGGAAGAGGAGUUUUUGAGAGAUUUUGUUUGAGGAAGGUCAAAUCUAUCUUUUGCAAGACGAUAUUAUAAUUUUAUAUAA